GUUACCCUUAUGGCAUCUUGCGACGACGACGAUGAUUUCUCAAUCCUCCGUGACGAUAACCCCCACUCUCACCAUCUUCACCAAACCUUCGCUCCACACCAUCACCACCACCACCACCACUUCUCCACCGCAUCAGUCCAACCUAAACCCGUCGCCGACGACGAUACCGAUGAUUACGGAAAUCCGUUCGAUGACGACGCCGGAAGCGAGAAACGUAAGGAUCGCGAUGAGAUCGGCGAUGGAACGACGUCGUACGGGUUUAACAAAAGGUCGAAGUCGGUUUCAAGCGGCAACGGAGGAGUAAGCGUAGGAGUAAGCAUCGGAGUAGGAGGAGGAGCAGAGUAUAGAAAAGAUCGGGAAGAAUGGAGCGAUACAGCGAUUGUUUGUUUACUGGAAGCUUACACGGAGAAGUUUACGCAGCUGAAUCGGGGGAAUCUGAGGGGAAGAGAUUGGGAGGAAGUAGCGUCGGUGGUGAGUGAACGGUGCGAAAAUCAAUCGAAGAGUGUGGAACAGUGUAAGAACAAGGUUGAUAACUUGAAGAAAAGGUAUAAGCUGGAGAGGCAUAGAAUGAACAAUGGAUGCAUUUCCACUAGUCAUUGGCCUUGGUUUAAGCAGAUGGAACACAUCGUUGGAAAUUCUCUUCCGUCAAAGUUCGCUGAAGAGGAUAAAGCCAUUGUUCCUGCUUCUAAUUCGCCAAGGCAAUCCAAGAGAUAUGGAGUGGCAACGUCCAGCAGUGGAGGUCAAGUAAACACCCUGAAAUCCAAAGCAUUGUCAAACCUUAGAUGGCGGAGAGUUGUUCUAAAAAUUAGUGGUGCAGCACUUACCGGAUCUGAUACCUGCAAUAUUGACCCCAAGGUGGCCAUGUUAGUUUCAAGUGAAGUUGCAAUAGCUUCCCGCCUUGGUGUGGAGGUAGCAAUUGUUGUUGGAGGUCGUAAUUUCUUCUGUGGAGAUGCAUGGGUAACUGCUACAGGUUUAGAAAGAUGUACUGCAUACCAAGUUGGCAUGAUGGCAACUGUGAUGAACUCAUUGUUGCUCCAAUCAACUCUAGAGAAGAUGGGUGUUCAGACUCGUGUACAAACUUCAGUUUCAAUGCAGGAGUUUGCUGAACCAUACAAUAGACAACGGGCCAUCAGGCAUCUUGAGAAAGGAAGAGUUGUUAUAUUUGGUGGCAUUGGUUUUGGUGCUGGCAAUCCACUUUUCUCAACCGACAUAGCUUCUGCUCUUCGGGCUUCAGAGCUUAAUGCUCAGGCAGUCCUCAAAGGUACUAAUGUAGAUGGUGUAUAUGACUGUAACUCACGAGACAACAAUUUCACUUUCGAGCACAUAUCCUUCAGGGAGCUAGUGUCUAGAGGUGUCGCCACUAUGGAUAUGUCAGCCCUAACAUUUUGUGAGGAAAAUGCUAUUCCUGUCGUAGUUUUUAAUUUAUUGGCACCUGGGAACAUCUCAAAAGCUUUGUGUGGAGAACAAGUUGGCACACUAAUUGACCAAACUGGAGCAUUAAGCUAACAAUUAAUUCAACCGAUUCAAUUAUUAUUAGGAAAGUUAGAACCAUUAAGUCGAGCGGCAUACUUACCACCGUUGAGAUGUUUUGAGAAGAAAAUAUCAAAUCUAGACAGUUUCAGAAUGUUGUUAUGUGGAGAAGUUAGUGGAAAUUGUAGAGCUGAAGUCACAGAUUUCCUAUCCUUAUGUAGUUUACUUGGUGGUUGUACUUUUAGUAUGUUUCUGUAAAAUGUAAAAAAGAAAUGCCUCUGUAAAUUAUUCUCAGAUGAGUUGUAGCAUUGUAAUGUAUUAGCAGUAGUCUUCCUUUGUUGGUAAAAUGCAAACAGAUAUAUGGAUUAAUUUAACUCAAAUACAACUUUGUCUAUUAUUGUGAGUAUA